AUGUCCAGCGAAGAGAUCGUUGAAACCCCCACCGAGACGGAGGAGACGCCCAAGACGGAUCAGCAGGAGCAAGCCGGCGGCAAAAAGCGCGGGAAAAACGUGGCCGCUCUUGCCGGCUCCCUCGGCGCCUCCAUCCCCAUGGCCGCCCCCGGCGGCGGCCGCGGAGGUGGUCGUGGUGGCCGCGGCGGCGGCAAGGUCGCGGCGCUGGGCCAGGGCCUCAACCUCAACGCACUGCUCGGGUCGGGCGGUCCGCCCGGCAUGGGCCGCGGCAAGCCGCCCAAGAAGCAGGCCGAGGCCGAGGCGACGGCGGCGGACGAGGAGCCGGGCAAGAGCAAGGAGGACGAGGGCGAGGACGAGGCCGAGCAGAAGGCCCGCGAGGAGCUCGAGCGCGAGAAGGCAGCGACCACGACGACUGAGGAGAGCGGCAGCCUGGUCCACCGCACCAAGAACCGCCCGCGACCCACCCUCCGGCGCCAGCCCUCCGAAUUCCCCGUCCCGUGGAAGCCGGAGGACGGGCAGCCGGAGGAGGAGGGCGGUGCGGUGACGCUCGCGCAGCUCAAGGCCGUCGCUGCCGCCGAGGCCGCCGCCGCCGGGGACGAGAGCCCCCAGCAGGAGCAGACCGAAGAGGGCACCGCCGCCGCCACCGCCACUACCAACGAGCAGCAGCAGCCCGCCGAGGACGACGCCGCUGCCGAGGAAGAACAGAAGCGGAAGGAGGAGGCCGAGCAGGCUGCCGCCGCUGAGGAGGAGAGGAAGCAGAAGGAGGCCGAGGAAGCCGCCGCUGCCGAGGAGGAGCGUAAGCGCAAGGAGGCUGAAGAGGCCGCCGCUAUCGCAGCCGAGGAGGAGAGGAAGAGGCUCGAAGCCGAGGCCGCCGCCGCCGAGGAGGACAGGAAGCAGAAGGAGGCCGAGGAGGCCGCCGCCGAAGAGGAGCGCAAGCGCCAGGAGGCCGAAGAAGCCGCCGCCGCUGCCGCCGAAGAGGAGCGCAAGCAGAAGGAGGCCGAAGAAGCCGCCGCCGCCGCCGCCGAAGAGGAGCGCAAGAGGAAGGAGGCCGAGGAGGCUGCCGCCGAAGAGGAGCGCAAGCAGAAGGAGGCCGAGGAAGCCGCCGCCGAGGAGGAGCGCAAGCAGAAGGAGGCCGAAGAGGCCGCCGCCGAAGAAGAGCGCAAGAGGAAGGAGGCCGAGGAGGCCGCCGCUGCCGCCGCCGAGGAGGAGCGGAAGAGGCUCGAGGCUGAAGCCGCCGCCGAAGAGGAGCGCAAGCAGAAGGAGGCCGAGGAAGCCGCCGCCGCUGCCGCCGAGGAGGAGCGCAAGCAGAAGGAGGCCGAGGAGGCUGCCGCCGCCGCCGAGGAGGAGAGGAAGCGCAAGGAGGCCGAGGAGGCCGAGGCUGAAGCCGCCGCCGAAGAGGAGCGCAAGAGGAAAGAGGCCGAGGAGGCCGCCGCCGCCGCCGAGGAAGGAGGAAGAGGAGCGCAAGAGGAAGGAGGACGAGGAGGCCGCCGCUGCCGCCGAAGAAGAGCGCAAGAGGCUCGAAGCCGAAGCCGCCGCCGAGGAGGAGCGCAAGCGCGAGGAGGCCGAAGAGGCCGCCGCUGCCGCCGCCGCCGAGGAGGAGGAGCGGAAGAGGAAGGAGGCCGCCGCUGA